ACGGUUUUACCCCAACCUUCUCCAUUCCGUGCCGAGCGGACAGUUUUGGUAGCUGCUGUCGACAAGUUUCCUCUGUUUUUCUUACUUCUCGAGGAUUUAUACUUGUUGUUUCGCGCUUUUCUGUAAGCUGGAGGUACACCAACCCGACUUGGAACUGACAGAAGCUUUGCCAUGCGGGCUAGCCGGCUUUUUACCGCCGAAGUGGUUGCAGUAGCGAGCCGCAGGUAGCAGUUUAGAAGACUAUACGCGGGAAAACUUGGAUAAACCAUUGUCCGCCAUGUCGUGGGGUGCAGACGACACCAGCGUCCGUGUGGCACUACGGAUCCGUCCCCAGCUCGCCAACGAGAAGAUUGACAUGUGCCGGACGUGUACACACGUGCCGCCGGGCGAGGCCAUGGUUACCCUUGGCAAGGACAAGUCGUUUACGUACGACUACGUGUUCGACACAAACUCCCAGCAGGAACGGAUUUAUGAAUCCUGUAUCCAACCGCUCAUCGAAGGGUGUUUCGAGGGAUAUAAUGCAACCGUGCUGGCAUAUGGACAGACGGGUGCAGGUAAAACCUACACCAUGGGUACGGGAUUCGACGUGAGCAUCUCUGCGGAGGAGCAAGGCGUCAUCCCGCGCGCCGUGGAACACCUGUUCCGUGGGAUUGGCGAGCGGCGGAAGGCGGCGCUAGAGAGAGGCGAUCCUCCGCCAGAGUUUAAGAUCAAUGCACAGUUCAUGGAGCUCUAUAAUGAAGACAUUAACGAUCUAUUUGACCCGUCCAAGGAGCAUGGUAAGAAGUCCCACAUUAAAAUCCAUGAGGAUGCUACUGGUGGGAUCUACACAGUGGGUGUCACCACCAGGGCAGUUAGUUCCAAGGAAGAGAUUAUACAAUGCCUGAAGAUGGGUGCCCUGUCCCGUACAACAGCAAGCACAAACAUGAACGCUCAGAGCUCACGCUCGCACGCCAUCUUCACCAUUCACAUUAAACAACAGCGUGUUGUACGCAACAACGAGCCUGUUGGGGAGGAAGAAAAGGACGACACAGACAAGGAGACAGACACCGCAGCGCUGAACGACUUCGAAACACUGACGGCAAAGUUCCAUUUUGUCGACCUCGCUGGGUCAGAGAGAUUGAAGCGAACUGGUGCAACGGGUGAUAGGCAAAAGGAGGGUAUCUCUAUAAACUGUGGACUCCUGGCCCUUGGAAAUGUCAUCUCUGCUUUGGGAGACCCUAAGAAAAAGGGAAGCCACGUGCCUUACAGAGACUCCAAGCUGACCAGACUACUACAAGACUCCCUAGGUGGGAACAGCCGCACCCUGAUGAUUGCCUGCGUCAGUCCCUCGGACCGAGACUUUAUGGAGACGUUGAACACGCUCAAGUAUGCCAACCGCGCCCGAAACAUCAAGAACAAGGUCUCAGUAAACCAGGACAAGACGAGUAAGAUUAUACAGGAGCUUCGAGGAAAGGUUAUGGAACUGGAGACAGAGCUGUUGGAGUACAGACAGGGUCGGCGUACCAUAGGUGAGGACGGAGUGGAGUGUAUAAACGACAUGUUCCAUGAGAACACCAUGCUGCAGACAGAGAACAACCAGCUCAGGAUGAGGAUAAAAGCCAUCCAGGAAACAGUUGAGAGUCAGGCAGCACGGAUCAGUCAGCUGAUGACUGACCAGGCUCGCUGGCAGAUCCACCAGGCAGGGGAGGACGGGGAGGAUCAGGUCGGAUCCAUGAUCCAGGGCUACAUGAGGGAGAUCGAGGAACUCAGGGGCAAGCUGAUCGAAAGUGAAAGCAUGGUGACGCAUCUCCAGCGCAGGAUAUCCAACCAGGGUCUGUCGCUCUCCACGUCGCUCUCGUCGCGUAGCCCGUCGCACAUCGCUCUGACUGGCGGGCUCGACACCUCCGACUUGACCAACCAGUUUGGAGGAGGCUCCCCAGUUUCCCCCAUCGCAGAAGACACAGAAAGCAUUAUAAGUAUGGCCAAGAAAGACUUACAGAACCUUAAACACAAGAAGAACCGCUUUAGAAAACGGCACAAUUCAGAAAGGAAGUAUAGACGUCAGGGCUGUGUAGACAGGGCAGUCAUGACUGACAGUUGGAUGCAGAGCUCUGACAAGGAAAACAGGAGUGAUGGAGAGGAGGAACAGGAAGAGGAGGGGGAGAAGAAUGGAGUGGGAGAUGAGUCAGAGGAGGAGGAAGAGGAUGGAGAUGAGGAGGAGAACCAGGAGGAGGGGGAGGAGGAGGAGGAGGGGAGCAGUGAGAGCUCCUCUGAUGAGGAGGAUGGGGAUAAUCUGGAGGAAGAUCUGGCAGACAUCUCGUGUGAGAUCGCCAUCAAACAGAAGCUGAUUGAUGAGCUAGAGGUCAGCCAGAAGAAGAUGCAGGUGCUGAAGUACCAAUACGAGGAGAAACUCUCCAACCUACAGCAGAAAAUACAGGCCACACAACAGGAGAGAGACAAGGUGCUGGCCAACAUGGAGUCUGUGGACCACAUCGCCGAGGAGAAGGCCAAGAAAAUCAAGUCUGAAUACGAAAGGAAGCUUAAGAACAUGCAGGACGAGGUAAAGAAGCUCCAGGCUGCGAAGCGUGAACACGCCCGUCUCAUGCGGAACAACGCUCAGUACGAAAAGCAGCUGAAGACGCUGCGACAUGACUUGGACGAGAUGAAGAAGACAAAAGUCCGUCUGAUGAAGCAGAUGAGAGACGAGCAAGCAAAGAGCAGAGAGUCCGAGAACAAGAGAACCCGUGAACUCGCCCAGCUGAAGAAAGAACAGCGUAGACGCGACAACGUCAUUCAGCAACUGGAGCGAGAAAAGAAGCAGCGAGAACUCGUCCUGAAGCGCAAACAAGAGGAAGUCAACUCCCUUCGCAAACAGGCUCGACCAGUAUCUGGCAAAGUCGGCGACUCCAGAAAGAAAACGACAACAGAACCUCCACCGACGAACGGACACGUCGAUGAGAAACCCGAACUCGCGCCCAAACCCCGUCCCAGAACUGCUCCCUCUGCAAGAACUGCUGCUAGCUCGACAAAAGGGAGCCAAUCAAAACCCUCGAGUGCAAUCGAAAAGCCGGGUGCAAAUCGCGGCAGUCACAUUCCCGCGCCGACCUCCACCCCACGUAGGGUCAAACACCAGCGACGACAGUCCUCUGAGAAAAUGGCGAAGAUGAAGUGGCAAUCGUUGGAAAAACGGGUGGGGGAAGUCAUCGCACGGCGACAGACAAUAAACCACAUGGAGCGAGACAUGGAACGUUGGCUACAGGAGAGAGAGAAGCUGGGAAAACGGAUCGAGCGAAUCAAACAGAAGAGAAACAAGGCGGUGGAGGAGAGUAAGGAUCCGAAAGUCCUGCAGGAGUUGCAGGACCAGAUAACUGUGCUGACUGACAACAUUGAUAAUGUGAAUGACAACAUCAUGGAGAGCCAAAACAGUAUCAUGCAGAUGUCUGAGGAGGGAGAUCCUGUGGACAUCACAGCUGUGAUCAACUCAUGCUCUAUCGAGGAGGCACGCUAUCUGUUAGAACACUUCCUCAACAUGGUCAUCACUAAAGGCAUGUAUGCUGCACAGAAGGAGACAGAGUGUAAGGAGCGUGAAGCGAAGGUCCACACCCUAGAGCACAGCUACAACAUGACCCAGGACCUACUGCAGCAUCUCAUCCAGGGGCAGGCAGAGUACGACCCCGAGCUGGAGGAGGUCCUGGGGAACUCCAUGGCAGCCGUCGCCCCUAGCAACAGCAGCAGCGCGUCGUCCACGCGAUCGGCCUCUCCCGUCAACGAGGCAGAGGAUAAGGUCACUGACCUGGCAGAGAUUGGAUCCAGGCUUGCUGCAAUGGAAGCUCAACAGAAGAAGGAGAAAGCCAGAAGAAGAACAGCCACCCCAAGUGACCUCCUCUUCGCAGACAGCAGUGACUCCAGCUCUGACAUUGCCGCCUGUGAUAUCGUCAAACCUUCCCCAACAACUCUCAUCCCAUUGGCUGAGCAAAAAGACGAAUCGUCCAAUCAGGAAAAGGUUGAGGAAGUUAAUGCUGCUAAAUUGAUGCCACCACCCCCCGGGCCACCAUCAAGGCCUCAAGUUGUUCCCACAAAGUCCACAGGAGGACUUCGACGAAGUAAAUCUGGGUCAAGUUUACCGUCGACACAGGUCAACUCGGCACCGGACAAAAGGUCGACGACCCCUAGCAUGCGGCGGAAAACGUACACAAAGCCGCCACCUCCAAUCAGCAUGUCUCGGACGAACUCUACGUCAGACACAGGCUCGGACAUGACGAUCACGCCGCCGGGGUCACCAACGUCGCAACGGCUGCCGGAUCAGAACGUGUUUGCAAGACUGAGCGCGCCCAGUAACAGUCCGCACAAGCUCGAUAAGGGGUCCAUCAAUCCGUAUAACAGUCGCUCAGGGUCGCGUACGUCCCCGCUCACGUGCAUGCACCUCGCAGAGGGACACACAAAAGCUGUACUAUCUGUUGAUGCAACAGAUGACUUGCUGUUCAGUGCCUCGAAGGACAGAACGGUGAAGGUUUGGAACCUUGUGACGGGUCAGGAGAUCAUGACGCUACCGGGACAUCCGAACAAUGUUGUCGCUGUCCGCUACUGCUCGUACACGGGACUGGUGUUUAGUGUGUCAACGUACUUUGUGAAGGUCUGGGAUAUAAGAGCAAGUUCAGCAAAAUGUGUGAAAACUCUCACUUCGGCAGGCCAGCUGGUAACCAGCACGGCUAGCAGCACCACCACCCGUACCCUGUCCAUGCCUGCUGGAGAAACACAGAUCAACGACAUCCGACUGAACCGCUCCGGAUCCCGUCUGUACGCGGCGGCGGGUAACACGAUCCGCGUCUGGGACCUGAACAAGUUUCAAACGAUAGGGAAGCUGACGGGAGGUCACUCUGCCGCGGUGAUGGUCAUGGCGACAGAAGACCAGGAACACGAUACGCCCAUCGUCGUCUCAGGGUCAAAGGAUCAUUACAUCAAGCAAUUCCAUCCAAAUGAGUUCCCUCGAAGCUAUAUGGAAGUGUUUGAGGUUCCAGAGAACAUGACAGGGAGUAUCAAUGCCAAGUACAACCUGGAGCCCCCGCACUACGACGGGAUCCAGUCUCUUGCCAUCAUGGGAGACUUUCUCUUCAGCGGCUCCCGAGACACCUGCAUCAAGAAAUGGGACCUCGCCAAUCAGCAACUCCGACAGUGGGGCAGUGUGUGUGUUAAGGACUGGUCAGGUGACCUGACCAAACUGCCAACGCAGGUCAGCCGCAACGCCAGCCCGGACAAACCCCGCGGGACACUGGUCGAUUCGAUCAGCAAUGCCCACAAGGACUGGAUCUGUGCGCUGGACUUCGUGCCGGGACGACAGAUGUUGCUAAGCGGUUGCCGGGCGGGGCAGCUGAAGGUGUGGCAGAUGGAGGACUGCUCGCUCGUCGGGGAGGUCAAAGGUCACGACAGCCCCAUCAAUGCAAUCUGUUCCAACUCAUCCCAUAUAUUCACAGCUUCAAGUGACCGUAAUGUUCGCAUAUGGCGGCCGCAAAGCACGCUGGACGGGCAAAUCUCCGACAACACCGACACCAAUGACGAGGGGCAUGCCAGCAUAUAAGUCAUCACUUCAACAUGUCAAUCAUUUCCAUGGCAACAGGGUUGCCAUGGCAACACAUGACAUCUUCAUUGAUACCAGUUGGUCAUGGUGUGUGAGUGUCAUCACAAUAUGUCAGUCCUUACCAUGGCUAACAGGUAGUCUUGUCAGAUGUUACCAUGGCAACACCUCAUGCAUCACCAUGGCAACUGUGUCACACAACAGCCUG